UAGAGCUUGAAGCUGAGUAAUCGCCGGCGAAACUGAGAGAGAGUGUGACAGAGCUAUGGCAAUGGAGGAGCCAAGGAAGCUGAGAGGUCACAAAUCAACAGCUACUUGUUGUAUAGCUUCUCGUGACAGGCCUGGACUUGUUCUAACUUCCGGAGAGGAUGGUUGCGUUUGCUGGUUUGAUUUGCGGUGUAAAGAUGUUCAAUUCAUCAUGGACGUUGGAACAGAACCAGUUUCGUCUCUUUGUUUCAAGACAGGUAAUGAGGACAUUCUCUAUGCUUCUUGUGGAAACGAAAUCAAGUCUUUCGAUGUUCAUAUGUCAAGUGUUAAUUCUUGGAAGCCAUUAGAGAGUUUUAAUUACAACAAAGACGAAGUAAACCAGGUUGUAUGCAAUGGAAAAUCAUCUUUUCUUGCUUCAGCAGAUGAUUCUGGAGAUGUUAAGAUCAUCGACAUUGGUCAGAAAUGCCUUUACAAAACCCUUAGGGCGGGUCAUACAAGUAUAUGCAGUUCUGUGCAAUUCAUUCCAUGGAGACCUUGGGAAGUUAUAACUGGUGGACUUGAUUCGAAGCUUGUUUUAUGGGAUUUCUCAAAAGGUCGCUCGCAUAAGAUUAUAGACUUUGGUUCUGAUACACAUAAUAACUCAGGACAAUGCCUAAACCCUGCAUUUGUUCACUCGAUUGCAAUCCCUGAAAUGGACAUGGUUGAUAAGUUAGACAAGAUAUGCGCAGUUGCUAGAGGUGAUGGAAUCGUCGAUUUGAUCAAUAUUGAAUCAGAACUUACCCGAAAAGGAACAUCAUCGAAAGGAAGCAGCAGCAGUAGCAGUAGCAGCAGUGCGAUCAAAAGGGUUUGCUUAGAUUACUCUGUUGGUGGACACAAUGCUGCUGUGUCUUGUGUCGCUUUUUCUCUGUUUCAGGAGAAAGGUAGAUUCUUGAUCUCAGGUGGUAAUGAUAAGACGGUCAAAAUAUGGGAUUGCUAUAAAUGUCUUGAUCCAGACAACAACAACAAUAACAGAGAUUUCCUCCACUUUAAUAUUAACCUAAGCAAAAAGGUGAAUUGGCUUUGCACGAAUCAAUCUGAUUCUGAGAAUCUUGUUGUUUGUGACACCACCAGAGUAGUUAAGGUUUACUCAAUCUCUUGAUUAGGCCUGAUUGAUCAUGAAAUGACUGAAAUAUUUAUCUUUGUUUCACAUUGUUAUUAUUGGAUUUUCUCAAAUGGUUGCUUGAUCCACAAGUUAGUUAUUAUUGUUUUCUAAUCAUCUACAUUUUCAUGUUAAUAGAAAACAAUUUUGUAAUCAUUUUGUUGACAAAAAAAACCUCAUGGUCAUGGAUUACAUUUCAACUAA